UUUCACUUUCAGGUUCAGUUUUAUGCUCCAGUUCCUUUCUCAGAAUGGUGAACACCUUCAUUUUCUUUCCGGCUUCUAUAAAUUAGAAGAAGAGCAGGCAGAGGAAACAGAGCAAGGCUGAGUUUUUGAACAGAUCAGCAGUGCUGUGGAGCAGGGCUGGAGAUUCCGGUGGUGACCUUGGUGGAUGCCUUCAACAGUGGUGUGAGUCCUUGUUUGGAGGACGUGGUGACACCUCUGUCCUAGCCUGAGAAUUCAACAGCUCUGCUGAGAGAAGUUCCCACAAAAAUGGUCCGAAUUCAGCCAAUCAUGGGCCACGAGAAAGGCUUCAUGGAGCGCUCCUUCCAAUUUGACAAGCUGGAGUUAAGGAAUAUGUACACGGACUUAUUGAAGAUGAAGGAGGAAGCAGAGGUGUGCUUCCUGAGGAAAGACAAGCUCCCCAGUUAUGCCGAAGAGCGGUUAGCAGAAGAGCGGGCCAAAAGAGAGGAAGCUGAGAGGGAAAAGGAGCUUCUUGAGCAAAAGUGUAAAGAGCUGCAGCAAAAAUUGGACAAUCAAGAAAGAGUCCUCAAGCAACUCCAAGCUGAAAUGGAAGAGAGGAUGAGAAAUGAACUGAGAGAGCGGGAUGAGAAGAUUCAGAAGCUUGAG